UAUUAUUUAUUCUAAUAAUUCUGAAUAAUAUAUAAUAUUAUUAUGGUACGAUUAUUUAUUUUUUUCAUUAGUUUCUAUAUUAAUUAUACAAUUUGAAUGUAUUUAAUUGUCAAGGAUGGACGUAUCAGCUCGUGUUAUUAUACUUCAACGGCUUUUAGCUGUACAAUGGUAACCUAAUUUUAAAAUUUGUUAAUUAGAAAAGGUACAUAUAUAAUCUAUACUGUAAUACAAGCUAAACAACUAUGGAAGUUAUUAUGCAAGAACAUUUUGAAAAAAUGUACCAAUUCUAUGAGGACCACAAAUUUUGUGAUGUAACAUUAAUUACCGAUGAAGGCUUAAAAAUUGAAGCACACAGAAAUAUAUUGGCUUCUGCGAGUCAUUUUUUUUAUUUGAUGUUUAGCGGACAGUUUAAAGAAAAAAACGAAAAUGAGAUUCUUAUAAAAGAAAUAGAUUCCGAAAUUUUAGAAUUGGUGGUCAAAUUUGCAUAUACUUGUAAACUGGAUAUUAAAGAAAAAAAUUAAACUGUUUAUGGCUGCUGAUAUGUAUGGUCUGAAAUAUGUAAAAGAGUUAUGUUUUGAAUAUAUUAAAGAAAACAUAAAUCCUACAAAUUGUGUUAGUUUUAUGAAAACUUCCAAAUUAAUAUCAGACGAAAAGAUUUACAAUUUUUGUUUGCCAUACUUUUUAAAGCAUUUCACUAUAAUCGUGAAUUUGGAUCAAGCAUUAGAAACACUUUAUGAAUUUGAGUUUGAUGAUAUUAUUGAGUUUAUUGCACAUGAUGAUUUAGUAAUUGAUUCUGAGGAAAAGAUUUUUGAUUUUAUCAUUGGUUGGAUACGCUUUAAUACAGACGAACGUAAUGACUUGUUACCGUUUCUUAUAAAAUUUUUACGUUUACCUUUAAUUUCAAAAAAAGGACUACAAAGGAUUUAUAAUGAACCAUUAGUGAGAAAUAAUAAUGAUGGUAAGUAUGUAUUGUUGAUUUUCCAAUCGGGGCAACAUUGAAUCUAAAUUGUGCCCUCUGUUUGUAUAUACAAUAGUGCCUAUAGGUGAAAUAUAUUGAUGAUGUGUCUUUUGAAUAAAUAUUAUUACUGUUAUGCUUUUCCAGUUAAGACAGGCAUGUUAGAAAAUAUCAUUAAUACUUACAUAAAUUCAAAACCAUCAUAUACUCAAGGGAGAUGUACUCAAAUUGAAGCAUCAAAUGUAUGUAGACAUUUUAAAACUAGAUUUUUACAUGUUAUACAUGGUACACAAUAAGUGCACUAGUUAUGUGCUUGUAUCAACUUACAUUUGUAUAUAUGUGUAUUCAGAUUAUUUUUGCAAUUACGGUCAUUCAAACGGUGGGGGUUCCUAUGUAAAGUAUAUGGAAACGAUAAUGACCUAAGAUGAAAAUCAAGCGAACAUUUACAUUUUUUGCCUCCCCGUAAAGCCGCAACGAUGGUAGUCUCUGAAAAUGGGAUAAUACUUGCCAUUGGUGGUUUAAACGAGUCUGGUGAAUUGACCAAUCUUAUAGAUGAGCUUGAUCUUAAGUUAAAAUCAAAACAAUGGGUUUCUACAUGGCCAUUGAAUCAACCACGAACAAAUUUUGCUGUUUGCACUUACAAGCAGUACAUAUAUGUUGUUGGAGGCUAUGAUGACUCAAAUCACAAUUGUUUGACUUCUGUAGAAUACUAUGAUACAAAUUCAAAAGUAUGGACGGAAAUUACUGAACCGAUGCUCACUGCUCGAGCCUUGUGCAGUGCUGUAGUAUUUAAUAAUAAAUUAUACGUUUUUGGUGGACGUACUGAACGUUAUUGUAGUUCUCUUGCAACUGUAGAGUACUAUGAUUUUGAAAAGAAACGCUGGAAACAACUCGAUCCUAUGCCGGUAUGUAAUUUUAGCAUGAGUAUAUCAAGAAUUGAUAACGUCAUUUAUCUCAUUGGUGGUUCUAAUGCAUGCCGUCGACGAGUUUUUAAGUUUGAUUUACAACAUUUCAAAUGGAACGAAAUGCCUAACGUGAACAUGGUUUGCUAUGGAGAUUGCUCAAGUGUUGGUGUCAUGAAAAACGACUUAUUCGUGUUUAUGAAUAAUGGAGGAAUAUUUCAUUGUGAACGAUAUGACAGAGGAAAAAAUCAAUGGCAAUUAGUGGACAGGGCAGGAGAGCAAACAGAUGAAUUUUGUCAUAUGAUUACUUUUAAUGAUAUUGCUCUUAAGUCCUAUGGUAUAUAUUUGUAAUACUAUAUUUUUUAUAUACCGUUUUGUUGUUACUUUGGGAGAACUUCAUUGUGUAAGAUAUGACACAGAAAAAAAAAACAUGGCAUCUAGUUGACAGAGCAAGAGAGUAAAAUCAAAUGAUUUUUGACAAAAUAUUAUUGCUUUUAGUAAUGUUAUGCUGAAAAUAUCGUGGUACUCACUUAUAAUAUUAUUUUGUAUUAAUAAAAUCUUAUAAGUAAAAAUUGGUUUCAAAAUUGAUUAUUUAUUUUUUUGGCCUUUUAUUUUGAUUGCAAACUAUACAGUACGUACUUAUGGCAUAAAGUAAUUAUUGGGCAGUAUGAAACAUUACAUUUAAUUGUGAUAGCAACACUAUCAGAACUAUUAUUAAAAAACUUCAUGAGUCUUUUCUCUUGUGCCAACCAUGCCUUAGUUUAAACAUCUAUAGGUAAUGUAAGAGUCACAGAUUAAUUAAACGUCAAAAAUGUAUUCAUUCAAGUUGUGGUAAGGUUAUACAUCAAUGUACUGCACAGUCCAUUCUAAUAAAAACUCUUUUAUAGUUUAUACAAAAUUAC